UGCACCAUCUGCACUUGCAUAUGUCUGAAACCCAAAAGCAAACGUCUGUCCGUCUGUGGCUGGUUGGUUGGAAGACCAUUCAAGACGGGGUUUCCGGUGCUGACACAAAGAGAGAGGUGUGGAGGAGUGGUGGGAACGACAGCGACGCGAGCAGUCAGUACAGUCAGUACAAGCACAACCUACAAAUUCUCCUCUCAACGCGCCCACGCAUUUACCUUUUGGAAAGUCAGUCCUUUUUCUCCAAAUUUCACAUGCAAAUUGCAUUUAACACUUGGUGAGUCGAGAUUGCUCCACUAGGAAUCCGUCUCGUUCAAAAACGCUUUCUAUGUGUUUGUGCGUGCGUGCACUGUCGAUUGGCCAUUUUUGCUCGCAAUUGCUUCCAAAGUGCAUUGCAUUGAGACCCAACAAGACGCGUAGCCCGGGUCUAUGAUCUGUCCUCCUCUUGCCGGCGGCGCGGCUGGGUGUAGCGCGCGAGUGCUCACCGUUUUCUGUGCUCUGUCCUCCUCUUUCGCGCACGGUCUCGCUCUAUCUUUAUCGUUCUCUCAGAAUCAGUCGAGUACAAGAAUACUUUGACAUACAGUCAUACACCUACGGUUCUAGAAAAAGUGGUGAAGUAGGUACCUACGUGUCUAUGAGAUAUUAAUCCGAGGAUUUAAAAGGAAUUUAGUUGACACCCUUGUCUGGAAAAUUUGAAGCGGCUCAGCAUGAUAUGAUAAAGAGCGAAGGCAGAAAUCUCCAAGAUGAAGUCACUCUUUCCCCGAUUUUUUGUCACAUUCCUCCUGUUCCUGCCUCACUGUUAUACCCUCGCCAUACAAACAGAAGAUGACCUGGUGUUCGAUGACGUUGGCGAGGAAGCGGCAUCUGCGGUCAAAGUUGAUCCUGGCAUAAUUCAUCAUCAGAAUCAGGACCAUCAGCGGGAACAGCGACACAAGGAUCACAGAGAUAGGCAGCACAAGCUUUCUAAAGAAAACACAAGCUCGACGAGCGGUAGGGUCGAGAGGCUCUGGGGUAUGCCAGAUGUUACGGCAACCCAGGGACACGUAUUUAAAAUGAAAAUUCCAAAGCAAGCAUUUGGAGGAAAUGUUCAACGUUACGAGGCACACGGCACUAAUAAUAAAGGGCUUCCGAAUUGGCUAUAUUGGGAUGAGCCAGCAAACACCUUAUUGGGUGUACCCUCAAAGAAAGAUAUAGGACAACAUAGACUGAGUAUUAAGGCUUUUGGAAAACACGGCGACGUUGCCAGGGAUUUUUUCACUGUUCAAGUACUGCAAGACAAUCGGGAUAAAUCAAAGCACACAGAUAAGAAGAGUCACUGUGAAGAUGAUCAAGAUCAAACACUAUUAACGAUUAUAUUAGAUGCCAAAUUUGAAAAUUUAAAGCCCGAAGUGAAAGUUGAAGCGAUCGAGAACUUUGCCGGGUUUUUAGGAUUGCACACGAGUGCAUUCUCAAUUCACCCUCAAAGUAACAAGGAAAACUCGCCAACGGAUUCAUCGACAGUUCUUAUUGGACCUGGUAAUGUGAAGCAUCGCAAAGAAAAACAUUCUACUGUUCUACAGUGGCAAGUGGGUUGUGACGGACGUUUGUGGAAACACCAAGCAGAAUUAAUCAAACAAUUACCCGAACAAGCAAAAGAUGGUACUCUGGCUGAAGUACUGCAGCUGCCAGUUCUUCUCUGGCGAGUAAAGACUGACGCUCCGGCAACUGACAGAAAUCGUAGAGAUACUGGCUCUGGUGAUUUUGCAAACAAUGAAGAUUAUGAUGGUUACGACGACGAGGACAACGAAGAUUACGAUGACGAUUAUGACGAAGAUGAUAAUAAAGACAUAGUUACAGAAGCUAGUGUACCUGCUGAACUACCUCAUGUUUCUAGUUCUACGGGAGCUAGAGUCAAUGCGGAUAAUGAAGCUGAGCAUCCACAUAGACACCAUCAUGGAGAGGAGACUAUAGAUUUAAAGCAAAUUGAAGAUAUUGAUGAGCACGACAUAGUUCCAAUUCUCGAUCACGGAGCAGCAUAUGGUUUAAAUCCAUCAUCUACAUCUAGUAUCACCACUACUACUACUCCUUCUCCUCCUAUUACGACAGCAAUGACCACACAAUCUUCAUCGACUGUCGUUCCAAUGACGACGACGGUAACAACUCCAGGUUCAACAAUUCCACAAACCACAACGGUAACUGUUACCCAAAGACCAAUGACGACAGCGACGGCAACAUCAACCGUUCAGCCAACGACUUCCGUUGCCGAUACUUCCAAUACUGUUGUUUUGACGACAUUCCCUUCAAAUUUUGACACUACAUACGAUUUGUUGGAGAAAAUUAGGCAAACAGAGGAUGACUCUGAUAAUACUAUUGUACCAAUCGAUUCUUCAGAGAACGCAACUACUUUGUUCUUCAUGACAACAGCACAACCUAGCAGUACCAUGGAUAUCGUGACAACGGCGAAUGACAAACAAGAAACGAAAACUUAUCUUGUAAAUGUAACUACAGAAGAGCCAAUGCAAGAAACGGUUGUUUCUUCGACAAAAGAACCUACAACAACUCCAAUAACAACCUCGACAACAUCUACUGCUCCGCCGACUACAACUACUACAACAAAAGCACCAAUUCAGACUCAAAAAACAUUGGAAACGCCAUCCACCACCGAAAUCGUUUCUACUCUUACAACGCUUCCUCCGUUGAAACCUACCGUUGCUCAGGUCAAUACUGCACCAGUGCUGCGAAAAAGAUUGCAGAAAAUACGAGUCUUUGCUGGAAAGACCUUUACGCAUAUUAUAUCAAAUGAAACAUUCCGUGAUGAAAUAGACGGAUAUACAAGAAAUUUACACCUAUCUCUUGAACCAAAGAUGAAAUGGAUUGAGUUUAACAAUAAAACUCAAGAAAUUUAUGGAAUACCUCUAGUCGAAGACAUUUCAACGCACAACUUCAGACUGACUGCUACGAAUAGCAGAGAUAAAAGUGUUACUGAAGAAUUCCCGAUUUACGUUCAACAGCCUUCAAAGAGAGUUGAAUUUGAAUUCCACUUGUAUUUGGAUAUUCUCCACCCGUGGGCUUUUCGAAAUAACGUUGACUGGGAGUUUAAGGCUAUUCGCAAUCUAGCUCAACUUUUUGGAAACAAGGACAAUUCACAUAUAACCAUUACUGCAAUUCAUAUUGAAAACGAUGGUCGGGCUAUUUUAUCAUGGACCAAUGAUACUCUUUCAACAUUUUCAGAGUGUCCUGUAGACAAGAUUGAUAAAAUAGUGCAGGUUUUAGUCGACAGAGAGGGAAAUCCCAGCCGAGCCUUAAAAAAUAUCUUUUUGCCAGAAAUUAAUGUGACAAAUAUUAUCAAUCGGCCUAGUGAACGCAGUCAGUGUAGUAGUGCGAAAAUAAAAUAUUCAAAAUCAGAAUCUACAACUGAAAAUCCGGUUGUAAACCUAAACCCUAUUUUGAGAAAUCAAAUAGAUCGUUUGAAUUGCACUGUUGGACAACUAUUUGUAUUCAAAGUACCCGACGAUACAUUCUUUGACACAAAAGACGGGUCAACACGUAAUUUGAAUUUGUCCCUUAAAAAUGCCGAUGGUACGGAAAUUUCUCCUGAUGAAUGGCUACAAUUUGAUAGCAAGAAUCAAGAAUUUUAUGGCGUACCAAUGAAAAGUGAUGAUAAAUCAAGAAGUUACAUGUUGGAGGCGAGAGAUAAAGAAGGUUUAUCUGCCAGAGACAGCUUAAAAGUUAAUGUCUAUCAUCCUCCACCUGUAAGUUAUAGCGUGGAAUUCUCGAUGACCUUAGAGAUUCCAUACGACGAAUUCGUAAAAUCGGCCAAGAGAAAGCGCCUCUUUAUUGAAAAAGUUUGCGAAUUGUUUGGUGAUCGCGAUACAAGCACAGUGUCCUUGGAAAGCAUUACCAGAGGCAGUACCGUGGUAACGUGGCGUAAUAAGACUUUGGCGACGAGUCGAUGCCCGAAUGAGGAUAUUGAUAAACUGCGAAGAGUCGUUGUCAAAGAGGAUAAAACUUUGACGGAUCUCGUCGACAUAUUGAUGGGUGGCAACGAUUUUCCCGUGAAGCAAAUUACCCUGACUCCGUUGGGCUCCUGCUUAGGGGAAUUGACGGGCGUUCACACGCCAGACAGUUUUAUACCAAGUUUCGACGAUUCCAGAUCCGUGGGAACAUCCACUGAUGAUUAUUUGAUUACAUUUGUUCUCCCAGCCAUUAUUAUACUAGCUAUGCUUGUUUUAGCAGGCAUUAUAGCCUGCAUAUUCUACAAACGAAGGCGUAGUGGAAAAAUGAGUGUUAGUGAACAAGACGAUGAGAGACAGUCUUUUAGAAAUAAGGGAAUCCCCGUAAUAUUCCAGGAUGAAUUCGACGAGAAGCCAGAUCCAGGUAAUAAAUCCCCAAUUAUUCUGAAGGAAGAAAAACCACCACUCCCUCCUCCUGAAUACCAGAAAACAGAAGAUGGCGCAGAUGUGCCUAUGUUGUCAAAGGAAAAUUCCGAAGAACCGUAUCAACCACCACCACCAUUUGCUUCAAAUCGCGACAAUAAUCGUCAAAAUCGACCAAAACCUACUCCAACGUAUAGGAAACCUCCCCCAUACGUGCCCCCCUAACGAAAUACAGAAGAUUCACCCACGCGCAAAUAUAUGUUAGCUAUGCUCGGAGAUUCCCCAUCUCAUAUACAAACUCAGAUUACUACAAAUAACCAUAGAGGGCAGCUGAAUUGCGGAUUCAAUGUUCACGAUGAUUACAGCAGUCGAUAAAGUCUCGAAAAUGUCUUUGUUUCAUAUGGUUUCUGUAGUGGAACACUUGGAGCAGAAAUCACACGUUGCCUUUUGCAAUGAAUUUUAUGACUUGUAAUAAUAGAGCAGAUCUUGUUCACGUUUUACUGAUGGAAAAGUGAAUCUUUUAUUAUCACUUGUCGGUUUCUUAAAUAUUUUUUUACUAGUAUUCUAAAAUUAAUGACACUGCGAUGUUUCAGGAAUCAGUGCCAUUAAUCAAGCAAUACUCAAUAAACAGUGUUGUACUUAUUAUAUGAAUACCUCAGUAAGUAUUCUGCAAGUCAAGAGUUGAGGCGACAAUGAAAACGGAUUUUAUAAAGCGAAUCAUUCAGAAUAUACGAAAGCUGCUGCAACAAUCAAUUUCAUUUUUUAUAUAUAUAUAUAUAUAUUUUUUCGCAAUUGAUUUUAUAAAUAGUUUUCGUUCGUUCUUAAGCACAGAAAAGUUUGCACUUUUUUUACAAUAAUCUUAAGUCAUACGAAUAGCGCAAAUCACUGCCAAUUAUCACGAACUAAAGGCUAUAUUCAAAACUGAAUCAGGGUACAUUGAAAAAAAAAUCGUUUUAUCUUUAUAUGAAACACGCACUAAUGAAUGACUGCAACGGUUUUGAGUGCAGUCACAUAUUGGAGACCGUACUUAAAUUACGUAGCGAAUUUUAGGCCGUACGUAAUUUUUAGUUUUCAGAAAUGUUUUGCUAGUUAUUGCUAGUAGAAUUAGGGAGGGUGUCGAGAA